UGAUUUCUGCUACACAGAUGCCGACUCUCUUUUUAAACAUCUCUCUCCUCUCCCUCCUCUGACCUCUCCCCCCCCAAAACCCCCGCAAGUAACCGCCCUCGACCUCUUCCUUUCUUGGCCCUCGGUGAUGGAGUACGAGCGGCGGCUCCUCGUGGCAGCGGAGCUCGUCAUCUCGAGCGAUCGCCAGGGCGAAGGCCACCCUCCUCUGGAUCCCUCCGAGAUCGGGGUCUCGGCAACACUCAAACCCCACCAGCUCGAAGGCGUCGCCUGGCUCGUCCGGAGGUACCAGCUCGGAGUCAACGUCGUCCUUGGUGAUGAGAUGGGCCUUGGGAAGACUCUGCAAGCUAUUUCUUUCCUGAGCUAUCUGAAGAUCCAGUCCAUGUCACCUGGACCUUUCUUAAUAUUGUGUCCUCUAAGUGUCACCAAUGGUUGGGAAUCAGAGUUUUCCAAAUUUUGUCCAGCUUUAAGAGUUCUGCGCUACGUUGGUGAGAAGGGACACCGUGGCGGUCUUCGAAGGAUGAUGUAUGAGCAUUUGCAAAGGCAGUCUUCAUCCUCUGAUAAGCAGCAGGAGUUACCCUUUGAUGUGUUGUUGACAACCUAUGACAUAGCAUUGUUGGAUCAGGAUUUUCUUUCUCAAAUCCCCUGGCAUUUUACUGUAAUUGAUGAAGCUCAACGGCUGAAAAAUUCAUCCAGUGUUUUGUAUAAGGUACUUGAGCACCACUUUGUCAUGCCAAGACGUUUAUUAUUGACAGGAACCCCUAUUCAAAAUAACCUCUCUGAGCUGUGGGCUUUGAUGCACUUUUGCAUGCCAUCUAUUUUUGGGACGCUGGAAGAAUUCCUUUUCACAUUCAAGGAAGCUGGAAAUUCAGUACCAGGUAGUGUGUCAGAUAAGGCAAAACGACAACUCAGAAUACUUAAAUAUAUAUUGCGAGCAUUUAUGCUUCGGAGAACAAAAGCGCAGCUUGUUGAGAGUGGAAUUUUGAUGCUGCCGCCGCUUACUGAGAUCACAGUGUUGGUUCCUUUGGUAUCCCUACAGAAGAAGGUCUACAUGUCAAUACUGAGGAGGGAACUUCCAACACUUCUUGCAUUAUCAUCAGGAACUUCUAGUCACCAAUCAUUGCAGAAUAUUGUAAUACAACUCCGGAAAGCAUGCAGUCACCCUUAUCUGUUUAAUGGAAUUGAACCUGAACCAUAUGAGGAAGGCGAGCAUCUGAUUCAGGCUAGUGGUAAACUUAUUAUCUUGGACCAAGUACUUCAGAAACUCCAUGCAAGAGGACACCGUGUUCUGCUAUUUGCUCAGAUGACUCGUACACUGGACAUUCUUCAGGACUUCCUAGAAUUGCGGAAUUUCACCUAUGAACGCCUUGAUGGAUCUGUACGUGCUGAGGAGCGUUUUGCUGCAAUAAGAAGCUUCAGCCAGCAACCAGCUGAAGUCAAUUUGAAACAUCAUGAUAAUCAAAAUGGGGCUUUUGUUUUUCUGAUCUCAACAAGAGCAGGAGGAGUUGGUCUUAAUCUUGUGGCUGCAGAUACAGUUAUAUUUUAUGAGCAAGACUGGAACCCGCAAGUGGACAAGCAGGCUUUGCAGCGCGCUCACCGCAUUGGUCAAAUGAACCAUGUCCUAUCAAUAAACCUAGUAACAGAACAUACCAUAGAGGAGGUAAUUAUGCGAAGAGCAGAGAGAAAGUUUCACCUCAGCAAUCAUGUGAUUGGACAAGAUAAUGAAGUACAAGGAGCAGGGAAAGAUGCUGGGUUUGAUGCUGGUGACAUGCGAUCUCUCAUUUUUGGAUUACAUGUAUUUGAUCUGACAGAUCUCAACAAGGAUACCACAAAUGGAGAAAAUAUGGUAGAACUAAAUGCAAUGACUGAAAGGGUGCUCAAAAUGCGUAGUCAUGAGCCAUCAGACAAGGACGACUCCAAGUUUGAAAUUAACCCAACAGAUUUGUUGAAUAGCAGUGAUGUGUUUAUGAGAACCAGUUCAGCCACCACCACUUUUGACCCUGAACUCGAUGAAGCUUCAUAUCUAUCUUGGAUUGAAAAGUUUAAGGAGGUUUCACAAGCGACAAAGAGUUCCACUCCAGAACUGGAAAAGAGAAGAUAUGUGUCAGAAGAAAAGCAAUUAAAACAUGAAGCUGAUAGGAAAAAGGCAGAGGAGAAGAAAUUGGCCAAGUGGGAAGCUCUUGGUUACCAAUCAUUGGCUAUCAAAGAUCCUGAUUUCAUGGUGGAUAAUAAUAUGAUGUCAGAUCGAGGGUCCGUCCAAUUUGUGUAUGGAGAUUGUACUGAGCCAUCAAAAAUUUGCCCUAUGGAGCCUGCUAUGAUAUUUAGUUGUGUAGAUACUUCUGGAAAUUGGGGUCAUGGAGGAAUGUUUGAUGCUCUAGCCAUGCUUUCAACAUGCAUACCAGAUGCUUAUCAUCAAGCUUUUGAAUGCGACGAUCUUCAUCUGGGAGAUCUUCACUUAAUAAAAUUAAAUGAUGUGCAGGUCAAGGAUUCAUGUCCCAGUGUGUUGCCGCACCAUUCUGAUAAAAGAAUGUUACCUGAUGGCUUUGCUCAAGAACUGGGACAUCUUGGCCACCCCAAUUUAUGCCAACCCGGAUGGACUUGGACACUGCAUUACGAAACUUGGGAGGACCCUGAAUCCUGGAUGCCAUUUUUUUUAUUAUUUUUCUCUCUUCAUUCUUAUUGUUAAAAAUGGUUGUUCCGUUCAGUCGUGGUAGGUCCUAACCUGUCCUGGUACUAGAACCACGGCUAGGGACUAGACUGGGAUACAUACUAGAACCACAGCUAGUCCCUGGAUGGUAAUCAUUGUUUCUUUAAAAAACUUCCAUGUUGUGUUUCAGCUCAGACGGAUCUCAAAUGAAGGAAGCUGAGGAAGGCAGUAUGGUUUGUUUUUUUUUGGCGAAUACUGCUUUGAGCAUUGGUUUUUUCUUCAUUAUUUUAAACUUGUAUGCAUGACACUAUCAGAAAGAUCUCACCAUAAGUGACCAAUGAAGUCAGUCAUUUUAGACAGAAGAAUGUAUUUGGCCAACUUCAUCUUGGUAAUGGAGGCAACAUAUUAGUUUGGCAACCUUGGUGGGAUAAUAUACAACAGGUAUUUGGAAAGAAAACCAUGGUUAAUAGGUGUUGGACAAGGAAGGUAUGAAUCACAUUUUUCCAAGAAGCAUUAGGAGAUGGACAUGUUUUGAGGCCAAGAAAAUUCUUUUCAUUGGGAAUCCAACUAAAGCUAAUUAUGAAGCAAUAGAAUAUAAGUCUGAGGAGCAUGUUUAAAUGUUACAUUUAUAGAUCAUCACCUGUGUGUGUGUGUGUGUGUGAGAGAGAGAGAGAGAGAGCUUGUACUUCAUCCAUACAGCACCUAUGUUAUUCAGUAUUCUGUGUGAUUAUCUCUGCAGAUAUCAUGUUCCACUUUU